GUGUAGAAAUUCAGAAAAUGUCUUCGGAAGAAACAGUAAGUGUGGUAGGAAGUGAGGUAAUGCCUCUGGAGUAUGGUGGGAUGGACUCAGAGAGCAGUCCAUCUAGUUCGGAGAAAACGAUGGAGGGGAUGAGAGGAGAUGAGGUGGUGGGGGUUGGAGGGGAUAGUGUACCCAUCACUGUGGUAGAAGUAGAGGUGGAGAAUUAUGAGAUCUCUUCCCGAGUAUUAAUUAGGCUAGCUAGGGUCGAGGAGAGGGCGUGUUCUACUCCUCGGGAUCAUUGGAUGCCCGUGUAUGCCCACUAUUUGGUAGCCGGGCUUAGGUUUCCAAUUCCUAAGUUACUAGUAGGAGGUAGUAGGAAAGAUAAGGGGUGGUAUUAUUUCACCCCUAAGGUAGCAAAUAAGAACGGUAGAGCGUUAUUUACUACGGGUCCUUCGUCCAUUAAAGGAUGGAAGGAAACAUUUUUCUUUGUAGAUGAUACAGAGUGGGAGAGGGGGGAUACCGAAGUGGAGGAGUUAUCAUCCUGGAAGGCUAAAAGAGCCAACCAGAAUAAGUUUAGCUUAAAUGAGGAUGAGGAGGAAAAAGUGGGGAAGUUGGUGAGGAAGGGGGCUGAAAUGGACAAAUUCUUGAGCAUUGCUGGAGGAGCGGCCAUCCCCAAGAAGCCAAGGAAGAAGUUAAAGACUUCAAUCAAGCAAGUGGAUGAGGGAGGAGUUGGAAAGGAGGUAGUGCCCAAUACUUCAGCUAGGGCGGAGGAGGAGGUGCCACAGUUAAAGAGGAAGGGUUGGCAAGAGAGAAGGGCACUACAGAAGAAGAAAAAGGUGGUAGAGGAGGAGGAGAGGGGGAGCGAGGUUCCCCAAUUUGUACCUUGGCCUCCUCCUGUUGAGCUCGACCCUGAGCUCAAGGAAUUUGAGGAGGGGGCUGAAGCGAAGAACAUGACGGGGGCUAGAAGGUUUAUCAACGCCACCUUCCCUGAAGUGGACAAGUGUCAUGCACGAGACGAGACUCUGAGGUACUAUGGGGCUUCGGUGGUGAAGCACGUUUUAGAGAGCGCGAGCUGGGUGAAUGGUCUAGCCCAAGAGUUCAUGGAGAGUGUGAAGGAGCUCUCCCUCUUGCAAAGGCAAAUCUCUGAAAGCGAGCGUGAGGCUCAGGAAAAGGAAAUAAGGUUGAUGAAAGAGGCUUAUAUGGAGCUGAAGAAGAAUGUGCAGCUGUUGGUGCACAAUAGGAUGGAGGAGCACAUCAGCAACUUCAUAAGCUCCAGCUCGUUUGACAAUAUUGUCAGCCUAUACCGGCUGCCAACUGCCAUCAUUGCCUUCACAGAUUGCAGAAAGAAGGUGAAGGCUGAAUAUCUCGAGGUGGAUAUUACAAAGAUCACCUUCGACGGGCGCACUGUUUUCCCUCCAACUUUCGACUUCGAGUUCGUUGCAGUGGAGGAAGAUGGGGCAGAGGUAGAGGAAGACGAAGUGGAGGUAGGAGUGGAAGGAACUGAAGUGGAUGAGAGCCAACCAGUUCCAGAAGUGGAGAUUCAUUCAGUUCCUUCUGACGAUGAGCAGUCUCCUCUGCUAGACGAGUAGCAGCCAUCACAGCCACCUCUUUCAGCUGAGCAGGAGCCAGUUUAGCCACCUCCUCCAACAGAGAACUAAUUUUUGUUUUUUAAUUGUUGUAGAAACAAUAAAACAAUUUGUAAUAUUGUUAUUACUUGGAAUGAAAUUUCUGUGUUGAAAUUAUGUGUUGUGUUUGCUUUAUCGUUUUGUUAUUUUAUAUUGAUAAAAGAACUGAGAUCAC